CCUAGGAGUUGGAGGUUGCUGUGAGCUGGGCUGAUGCCACUGCACUCUAGCCCAGGCAACAGAGUGAGGCUCUUUUCAGAUAAAGAGAAAUAGGGGUAGGGGAUUCCAGGCUGGCAAAGCAACAGACAUCCCUACGAUGACAUUGGUGCGGUUCUCUUAGGCUGGCUGGGGAAGCCUACGUGGGCCCCGGGGUGUGGGCGGGACUGACAGGACAACUCUUGCCUGUGGGCUGGGGACAGCCCUGCAGCAGGGAGCCAGAGGGCCUUCAGUGAAGCGGGAACGCGGAGAAUCUGGCAGAGGUGGCCGUGGAAGGGGCAGAAGCAGCAGCCCAGACCCGAGGAGGUACGUGACCACGGGUGGAGCCUCGGGACUGGCAACCUCUGACAUGUGACACCGUGUGAGGCACUCCUCUGAACACAUCACACGUAACUUGUUUGCUCCUUGCAACAACCCUCUAAGGAAAGUCCUACUGUCCCCCCACCGUGGCGGAGGUGAGAUGGAGGCACAGGGGUUAAAUGACUUGCCCAAAGACACACAGCUGGAAGUGGCAGAGCUGGAUUCGAACUCGGGCCCUCUGGCUCUUGAUCCUGGCAUGGCCGUAACUACCCUCACACGCCUCAUAUGGGGAUGGAGGCGGUCUUAGCAAUUCUACAGGAAGCAAACUUGUUUUCUGUCCCUCUGUUGGUGGCCACACAGCUGGGGGGCUUGGACAAUAUCUGUUGGUCCACCUGGAGGGAAGGAUGCCAGAAAGCUGGAGGGACAUCGAGGUGCCACCGAGGUGACAAGGCUCUGGUAGGGCAGGAACCCCCUCACUGAGGGGGGAAGAUACCCGUGGUGGGUUUGUGGCCUUAUCUGCACCUGUUUCUUCCAUUUCUUCCAACAGCCCCAGAGUCGUCCUGGGGAAACGCUGCUCCACCUGGACCCUGAGUUGCGAGCAGCCACGGUGGGCCAUCGUGGUCACAGGGGGCCCCUGGCUCCCAGCCCAGGACAGGUAGAUGCAGAGAGAAACGGGACACACAGACAGAGAUGGGGACAGAGAGACGUGGAUUCAGACGGAAAUAAAAACAGAGACAAAAACGUCGGAGAGGGAGAGACAGGCUGAGAUGGAGAUAUGAGGGCAGGGAGAGAAACUGCCAGAUGGAGAGAGACCCAGAGACACAGACCCGCCUCCUGCCCCACCGUGGCGUGGCCCUGCCCAGACCCGUGGCGACAAGCAGGCAGAAACGCGCCCCCAUACUGACCUCCUUCUUAGCGCUCACACAGCGGCAGCCGGUCCUCCCUCGGCUCUGCCCGCCUUCCCUCCUGCUGCUGGCCAAGCCCAUUAAGCUGCUACCCUGGCCACAACUGAAGGCCCCACGCCCCAGGGAGGAAACCACAGAAGAGGCGUCCCUGCUGCCUGGCACCCCAAACCAUCAAUUAGUAUUAACGAGGGAAGGCUCCUCAUGGCUAAAGACCCCCAUCGAAGCCCGGAUGCAGGUGAGGCCCCACCCCCCGUGGUGACUCAGGAGGUUAAAGGGCUUGGGGCCCGCCUGCCAGCCCAGAGUGUCCCGAUGGCGUGCGGCGGCGGGAGGGUCACCAUCCAGCUGGUGGGCGAGGGGGCCGGGCCGGGCGCCGGGGGCCCGCAGCUCUUUCGGGGCCAGAGAUACGAGGCGAUCCGGGCGGCCUGCCUGGAAUCCGGGAUCCUGUUCCGAGACCCUCAUUUCCCCGCGGGCCCCGAUGCCCUCGGCUACGACCAGCUGGGGCCGGACUCGGAGAAGGCCAAGGGGGUGACGUGGAUGCGGCCCCACGAGUUCUGUGCCGAGCCCCGGUUCAUCUGCGAGGACAUGAGCCGCACGGACGUGUGUCAGGGGAGACUGGGUAACUGCUGGUUCCUUGCGGCCGCCGCCUCCCUCACUCUCCACCCCCGGCUCCUGUGUCGCGUGGUCCCCCCCGGACAGGGCUUCCACAGUGGCUACGCAGGCAUCUUCCACUUCCAGCUCUGGCAGUUCGGCCGCUGGGUGGACGUCGUGGUGGACGACAGGCUGCCCGUGCACGAGGGGAAGCUGAUGUUCGUGCGCUCGGAGCAGCGGAACGAGUUCUGGGCCCCGCUGCUGGAAAAGGCCUACGCCAAGCUCCAUGGCUCCUACGAGGUCAUGCGAGGCGGCCACAUGAACGAGGCUUUCGUGGACUUCACGGGCGGCGUGGGUGAGGUGCUCUAUCUGAAGCAGAACACCUUGGGGCUCUUCUCUGCCGUGCGCCACGCCCUGGCCAAGGAGUCCCUUGUGGGCGCCACUGCCCUGAGCGACAGCGGCGAGUACCGCACGGAAGACGGGCUGGUGAAGGGACACGCGUACUCGGUCACGGGCACGCACAGGGUGUCCCUGGGCUUCACCAAGGUGCGGCUGCUGCGGCUGCGGAACCCCUGGGGCCGCGUGGAGUGGACCGGGGCCUGGAGCGACAGCUGCCCGCGCUGGGACGCGCUGCCCGCCGAGUGUCGCGACGCCCUGCUCGUGAAGAAGGAGGACGGCGAGUUCUGGAUGGAGCUGCGGGACUUCCUCCACCACUUCGACACGGUGCAGAUCUGCUCGCUGAGCCCCGAGGUGCUGGGCCCCCGGCCCGCGGGCGGCGGCUGGCACAUCCACACCUUCCAGGGCCGCUGGGUGCGCGGCUUCAACGCGGGCGGGAGCCAGCCGAGCGCCGAAACCUUCUGGACCAACCCCCAGUUCCGGCUGACGCUGCAGGAGCCCGAUGAGGAGGACGAAGAUGAGGAAGGGCCCUGGGGGGGCUGGGGGGCGGCGGGGGCGCGGGGCCCAGCACCGGGGGGCCGCGUGCCCAAGUGCACCGUCCUCUUGUCACUCAUCCAGCGGAACCGGAGGCACCUGAGGGCCAAGGGCCUCACUUACCUCACCGUGGGCUUCCACGUGUUCCGGAUUCCAGAUGAGCUGCUGGGCCUCUGGGACUCCCCGCGCAGCCGUGAGCUCCUGCCCCGGCUGCUGCGCGCGGACCGCUCGCCCUUCUGCGCCCGCCGCGACGUGAGCCGCCGCUGCCGCCUGUGCCCCGGCCACUACCUGGUGGUGCCCAGCGCGGCCCGCACCAGCGACGAGGCCGACUUCAUGCUGCGCAUCUUCUCCGAGCGCCACCACACGGCCGUGGAGAUCGACGACGCGAUCAGCGCCGACCUGCGGGUGCUCCAGGGCCCCUGCGUGCCCCUGGAGCUGGGCUUGCACCUGCUGUUCGCGGAGCUGGCUGGAGAGGAGGAAGAGCUCGAUGCCCCUCAGCUCCAGGCCUUGUUAAGUGUCGCCCUGGAGCCCGCCAGGGCCCACACCCGAACCCCGGGAGAGAUCGGGCUCAGGACCUGCGAACAGCUGCUGCAGUGUUUUGGGCACGGGGGCAGCCUGGCCCUGCACCACUUCCAGCAGCUCUGGGGCCACCUCCUGGAGUGGCAGGCCAUAUUUGACAAGUUCGACGAGGACGCCUCUGGAACGAUGAACUCCUACGAGCUGCGGCUGGCCCUGAAUGCAGCAGGUUUCCACCUGAACAACCAGCUGACCCAGGCCCUCACCAGCCGCUACCGCGACAGCCGCCUGCGUGUGGACUUCGAGCGCUUCGUGUCCUGUGCGGCCCGGCUCACCUGCAUCUUCCGUCACUGCAGCCAGCACCUGGAUGGGGGUGAGGGCGUCGUCUGCCUGACGCACAGACAGUGGAUGGAGGUGGCCACCUUCUCCUAGGACCCCAGGGAGCGGGGGCACCUGGCGCAAGAUGGCCCUGCCCUGCCUGGCGCUGGUGACCUCUCUGCACUGUGCUCUCCUCAGCUGGACUCAGGACGGCAGUGUAGACGACACAAGCUCGUCCAUGGUGCCGGCUGUAAGAGAGGGUCCCCAGCGGCACCUCCUUACUUUGCUGCACUCACGGGGAGCAGGGAUCACGGGGCCUCCGUGUUCUGCCCUUGCUCUCCGACACGUAGGCAAUGGAGACAGGACAGAGAAAGAGGACACUGUGGGAAUCCUUAAAAAUAUUACAUGUUUUAUUAUCCUGUCCCCAGAGGGUGGUUUAUCCAGAAACCAAGAAAAAAAAAAUCAAUCAGAAUAAACUCAAAAAGGGGAGGAGGGAACCAAACCCUCAACU